ACAGCUUCAGGGCACAGAGGGGGAACAGUGGAGCAGAGAGGGCUUUGGACGCACAAGGGAGCUCUGGACGUGUUUCCACCAUGGUACAGGGGGACUUUGGACGUGUAUAAGGGGUCUGGAAGAGUUACCACAAGGGAUACGGGGGGCAUAGAAGAUUGAGGAAGUCUGCUGGUCUUGGAUGAUCUUGUGUCGGCUGGUCUAAAGGACAUUGUCCUGGUGGAAGUAUCUGGAAGAGAGUUCAUGAAUGUCUGCUGCUGCAUGUCUGUUGCUGAUGGAUUGAAAGGGUCUGGAAUUGUCUGUAAAAGUAUAUCUGAUCUGGAAUAUACCGUGGUCUGUAACAGUCUGUAAUGGUCUAUCUGACUAGUCUGGUCUGGAAUGGACAGUGAUCUCUAAAAGUCUAUCUGGUCUGUCUUUAGUGGUCCACUAGAAUGUGUAUCUGAAGAGUCUCCAUAAUGGUGUUAAAUGGUGUAGUGGAAUGCAAAUCUGAAUGUGUACUGGUCUGUGAUAGGCUACUGGUCUGUGAUACUGGUCUGUGUUGGCCUGUAAUGGUGUGUAAUGGUUUGCUGAUGAUGAUCUGAAAGUGGAAUCGAAAGAGGGACAAGCCAUUUCGACGGAGCAAGAGAUGUGUGUGUGUUUGUGUUUGGACAGAAAGGGCGAACAGUAGUGUGUGUGUGUGUGUGUGUUUGGGCAAUAUUGCAAGAGGCAACAGCAGUGUGUUUGUUCGGACAAAGGAAACAGCAGUGUGUGUGUGUGUGUGUGUGUGAGAGAGAUGGACGUGGAUGUGGUUCCGGAGGGUCAGAGGGGUGUGUGGGUUUUCGUUACGGAGAACGAGCUGCGAUCACUAGAUGACCUAGAGGACUUUAUGGAUGGAUUUGGUGUGGAGCAGGAGCAGAUUCAGAAGAGAACCUUCACUAACUGGAUCAACGCACAGCUGUCUAAGAGGAGGCCUCCAUGUGUGGUGUUGGAUCUCUUCUACGACUUCAGGGAUGGAGCGCGACUACUGGACCUUCUGGAGGUCAUGAGCGGACAACACCUGGGUCGUGAGCGAGGUCGGGGAAUGUUUCAGCACAGGAGCAACAUUGAGACGGCACUCUCCUUCCUCAAGAAGAAAUCAAUUAAGUUGGUGAAUAUUAAUGUUCCUGACAUCAUCGAUGGGAAGCCCUCCAUCAUCCUCGGCCUCAUCUGGACCAUCAUCAUGCACUUUCACAUAGAGGAGCUAGCGAGUCAGUUGUCCUUCAGCUCCCGCCAGUCAUCUAUGGAGUCUCUGAACAGCUUGGAUACGAUUGGCUCCAGCUGUAGCUCCGCCCGCUCGUCGCCCCUCCCACAUACAAGAGGCCACGCCCCAUCCCCCUCCCCACUCCACCAGAAGUUCAGAGUCUCCGCCAAGAAAGCCCUCUUACUCUGGGUCAGAGAACAGCUACACAGGGCGGGUUGCAGUCUGAGUGUUAAGGACUUCAAGGCCUCGUGGCGUAGUGGUGUGGUGUUCCUGGCGGUUCUGAGCGCUCUGCGUCCGGGUCUACUGGACCUCUCCCGGGCCAAAACCAGAACCAACAGGCAGAACCUGGAGGAGGCCUUCAGACUCGCCGAAAAGGAACUACGCAUCCCCAGGCUACUGGACCCUGCAGAUGUGGACGUCAGGGAGCCUGAUGAGAAGUCCAUCAUGACGUAUGUGGCCCAGUUCCUGCAGUACUCUAAAGAGAUGCCACCCUCUGACGAAGACAUGCCAACCGUGUCAUGUGAGACUCCUUCUCCUAAGUGUUUGUCACCUGUCAAUCUUCCUUCCCACUACACUCCUGCCAUCUCCGCUUCUCCUUACCGACAGACAUCAACCAAUCAGAAGGCACAGGAAGUGACAUGCUGGCUGGAUCAGGCCUAUCAGGAGCUGCUGGAGGGGUGGGACUCCACCGAGGGAGAGAGCUACGCAGAGAGAUACCACGUGUUCCAGACGUUCAUUGUGUCCUUCAAUGAGCAGCGUCGGCCAGUCAUGCCGUUGCUAACGGCGAUGAAGAGAGCGUCUAAACUCAGCGAAGAACAGAAGGGACUCAGAGUAGCAUGGGACUCACUGGCAGAAAAGCUGCGUGAGUAUAAAACAGAGCUGGACCUGAGUCUGCCGUCACCGUUGGAUGCGGUGGGCCGCUGGUUGCUAGGCGCUGAGGCAGCUCUCUCGGAUGAGGAGCUGGACGCUCACGACCACGAACGCGCCGCACAGCACGCCAGAGACAAGAAGACACAACUGAAGGCCAGUCUGGAGGAGAUGUCUCGCCACAUGAAGAUCUACCAGACGUUCCAGAACAUGGAUGAGUACGGAGGAGAACUGGUACCACACGACAAACUGGAAGAAAUCAAGAGGAGGUUUACAAGUGUGCGAGUUGCUGCUAAGUACCAUGGUAUCCGUCUGGACUAUGCUGAGCAGAGACACACAGGGCUGCACCUGCUGGGUCAGAUUAAUACCAAACUCAGCACCUGGAAGAGGGCCUACACUUCCCAGGAGGCCGUGCGGGUGCUGCUGCAGGAUUGGCAGGAGACCGUCAGUAAGCAGGAGUUGGUGAUUCAACUGGAGGCAGUUUUGGCAAAACUGAAAAACACCGUCUCCAAAUACAACAGCAAGGCCGCACUGGGGGGGGAGGCUACCAUGGUGGAGCAGCAGUUGAAGAAGCUUCAGGCGGACAGUGCGGUCGCCAUGGAAGCGGUCACUGCGGUGAAAUGCACCAUGGGAAGGGUGAUGUCAUCCUUCGACGCCUUCUCAGACCUGCACAGCUCUCUACAAGCCUGGCUGGAGCAGGGAACACACAGGACAACAGAGGUGUCUGCGGAGGUCAUGUCAGAGUGGUCGUGUCGCCAGGCUCGGUUGGCCCAGGUGUGUUCCUACCUGAUGGAGGUGACGGACCCCCACACCAGUCGACGCCUCGCUGAUGACCUGCGAAGGGUUAACCUGGCCUGGGACGACUAUGUCAGGCGCACACAGGUGGGCGGUGCCCAGGCGGCGGGGGAGCCAAUGGGAGGCGAGGUGCGUCCUCAGACCCUCCAGGGGCUCCUACGAGAGGCCACCCAGCUGUUGAAGGAACCAAUCGACAUCAGCUCUGCCCCCCUACGCACCUAUCGCAAAAGACUACAGUUCAUGAUGAUGAAGAUUAAGGAAGUGGAUCUAGAUUCUCUCCUUCCCUCCCCCGAGUUUCCCGCCGACACACUACAGAAGUUCAAACAGGCCAUGCCGGAGGUGCUCCAGACGCUGUGUGAGGCGAUGCAGGAGUGUGAGGAGCUUCAGCAGGGUGUGUGUGGCCUGGAGAGUCGGCUGGCGGAGAUGCUGCUGUGGGAGUCAGAGGCCCGCGAGCUCUACAAACUCCUCAAACACACACACCAUAGAGGACAGGACCCCAGGACCAGGGAUGUGAUCUCUAGAGGUCUGCAGCUGGAAGGCCAGGCAGUGAUGGAGGAGCAGGAUCUGCAGGCGAUGGUGACGACCGGACAGAAGAACUCGCCGCUACAAUACCUCAUAGCCACCAGUAUACAGGAGAGAGUACGCCACGCAGUAGCACAGUCACAGGAGCUGGUUGGCCUGCUCAGUUCUCUGGGUUCCCGGCGAGAGCACAGCCCUCCCAGAGACCCGCCUCCUCCAAAAGUCCUCAUCCAAUCACAGGCUGGGGCUGCAGCACAGGUUCCAACUUCACUCCAAUCAGAGCAGGUAAAGGUCUCACUACAAGAGGAACGACAGGUCACAGGCUCCGCCCCUCCACCACCAUUGGCUCAGCCGGUCCCCAAGAUUGUGGUGCAGGACUUUGAAGACGAGGAGGAGGAGGAGUGCUACCCCGAGGAGGCCCAUGCCCCACCCCCAGGACCCCCUCACCCCCAGGUCCCAGGGCCCACCCACCCCCAGGCUAGUGUGCGCCCCAAGACCCGCAGCCAUGCGGACCACAGCCCCAGCAGAGUCCCUGAAGACCCUGGAGCCAUCCUGGAGCACCGGCCUCCACGACCCCAACGCCAAGGCACCGCGGAGGCCAGCCAGCCCCAGGAUGAGGACAUCUCCCUGGGAUAUAGCGCCCCUCAGGCCCCCCCUCAGCAGCAGCCUACAGCCUCAGCCCAGGACAUCAAGGCCCGCAAGGCCCAGGCCCUGCAGAACCGACCCUGGCUCCAGCAGAAGGGCAGCAGUGGGCCCCCAGCGGCGCCCACAACAACCGCCCAGCAACAACAACAGAGCCAAUCAGAGAAGCCGGUUCAACACCAGAGCCAAUCAGAGCAAUCGGUUCAACACCAGACUCAGCAAGCUCAACUACAAGGUCAGCAGGUCUUUAGCCAGACUGAAGCGCAGGUCGAUAUCCAGGGCCAUCAUAUUGCCUUAAGUAAACAAGUGACUAGCCAAACUCGGACUCAAGUGACAAGUCAAACUCAGUCACAGGUGACACAGGUGAAAAGCCAAAUGCAAACUCAGGUUAUCAGCCAACCUCAACAACCAGUAGCUAGCCAAAUGCAAACUCAGGUAAAGAGCCAACCCCAGCAACCAGUAGCUAGCCAACCCCAGCAACCAGUAGCUAACCAACCACAACAACCUGUUGCUAGACAGCCACAACAACCUGUUGCUAGACAACCUCAACAACCGGUAGCUAGCCAACCUCAACAACCUGUUGCUAAACAACCUCAACAACCUGUUGCUAGGCAACCCCAACAACCGGUAGCUAGCCAUCCUCAUGCCACAGUUGCUGCCUCAGCUCAGGCCGGUCAGAGACAGCCAGCAGUGCAGACCACCGCAGCAGCUCAGCAGCAACCACAACCACAACCACAGGCCCACCCUGCUGCCCAUCCACAUGUCCAGACUCCCGCUCACCCACAGGUGCAGACAUAUGCUAAGGCUGUGGCCCAGCCCGGUGUACAAGCUAAAGCUACAGCACAUCCUCAGGCCCAGGCUCAUGGUAAAGCCCCUACCCACCCUGCCCAGUCCCAGCCCCACCCUCAAGCAGAUGCCCAGAGGCCCUCCCAGCCAAUCACGGCUCAGACCCAGGCUAUGGGUGUGGCUAAAGCACAGGCCCCGCCCGCGGCCAAAGUCCAGCAGCCCAGAGGACCAGCGCCGGGCCCGGCACAGGUACACACACCUGGUCAGCAGGUACAUACACCUGGUCAGCCUCACGCCACAAUGAAAGCAUCCCCUGUGGCCCACGCCCCAGCCCACGCCCCAGCCCCGAGACAGGUGGCGCCCCCACAGGUGACCCCACAGGCCCACCGCGCUCCGCAGGCUGUUGCCAGGACGCCCCUGCAGCCCAAACCGAGCAGCCCCAUCCAGCCGCGCAUCAUCACCAUGCCCCCCGCCCGACCCCAGGCUCCCGUCCAGACCCAACCUGCUGCACCUGCCCAGGCCCAGCCUGCCCGACCCCAAGCACCAAUUCAAACCCAGCCUGCCCGCCCGCAUGGUCCAAUUCAAACCCAGCCUGCCCGCCCGCAUGGUCCAAUUCAAACCCAGCCUGUCCGCCCACAGGGUCCAAUUCAAACCCAGCCUGUCCGCCCACAGGGUCCAAUUCAAACCCAGCCUGUGCGCCCACAGUAUCCAGCAGCAACUCAGCAGUCCCCUGUUCGCGCCCAGGCCCCUGCUCAGACCCAGCCUGUUGCCGCCAGUCCUGCCCAGUAUCGAGGCUCCAUUGCCACCCAGCAGGCUCCUUUACGCCCCCAGACGGUUGCCCCUCGGGCUCCCUUACAGCAACUCCAGCCGCGGGCCCCUGUGGCCCCGCAGGUCCAGCCGCAGCCGCGGGCUCCUGUGGCCCCCCAGGUGUCCUCUGUUCCCAGGUCUCCCCAUCCCCCUCCUGGCCAGCAGCCACAGCAGCCGCAGCAGCAGCCGUGGGGGACCCUGAAACCGGAGGUGGUGUCCCAGACCUACCCCAAGCCCCAGACGCAACAGGGCCCCCCUGCACUUUCCCCUGCGCCUCCAUCGGCUGUUGGUGCGUACGCGCCCCCCUACCUCCCACAGCAGCAGUGGGCGCCCCUCAGAGCCGGGGUGGUGAGCCAGAGCUACCCGCACCCCCAAACCCCCACCGAGAACCCCGUAGGCCAGACACCGCCUCUCCCCUACACAGCCCAGACCCCCCCAGCUUACGCCAUACCGCACCCUGCCACCCCCACCCCCACCCACAUCGGCACCCCGCCUCAGCAACAGUGGGGUCCCCCUGUACCCCAGUCCUACCCCCCUGGUGUUGCCAUGGCGCCGGUGCACAGUGUACCCCCUCAGCCCUGGAGUCCGAUCAGGCACGAGGCGGUCCCUGUCCCUGUACCCCAGGGGUACCCUCGUCCCCCCGGUCCAGGAUUCACAACCCCUACGGUGCCCCUGCAGUACCCACGCCCAUCUCCCCCGCCCUCCACCCUCCACCACCCGCUGUCGUACCAGCUGCCCGCCCCCUCCCCCACUCCGCAGCAACCGCCUCAGUACCGCGCACCACAGUCAUACCAGCAGCAGGUGCCGCAGCAGCAGCAGUAUCCCCAGCAACCUUCGGCCCAGCAACCGUCGGCCCAGUACCAGCACCCGCAGUGGAUGCCGGCCCAGAGGCCAGAUGCCUUCCCACCGUCCCCCCACCCACAGGCCAUGCAGACCCAGCAGCAGCAGCAGCAGCAGCAGCAGCAGCAGCAGCAGCAGUGGUUGCCAACCUCCCCUCAGGCCCAGGGCACCAGUGCCGCUCAAAUGCAUAUCCAGCACCCUGCACCGGUCCAGCCUCGGGCACCUGCUCCUGCCCCCGCCCCAACCCAGCCGGUGGCUAAGCCAGGCCCCCCCUCAGUCCCCAUCGCAGUGGCAGCGCCCCCUAAACCGACGGCCAUUACUACUCAGCUGCACACCCCCACCCUGCCUGUCGCCCAGAUCCAGACGGCUGAGCCUGCCCAAGCACCCGCCCAGAUGGCCACGGAAACGCCAGCGCUAGUCCGAACGCCCGCUCAGGUUCCAGUCAAGUCCCAGGGCCCAGCGGCCGAGCAGCCCCAACCCCAGGCUCCAGUAGUAGACACGGCCCAGGCACAGGCAGCCCAGCUGGGGAAGGCGUCAGGAUUGUCCCAGGCUUCCCCUCAGGCGUACACGGAGGCGUACGCUAAGGCUCAGGCGCUUGCCAGGAACCACUUUGAGGAGGCCAAGCACUGCCUGCAGCAGCACAUCCUGGAGGCCAUCACCCUCUUCAGGGACACACAACUCACUCAGGACCAGACACCCAAGGAGGAGAUGCUGCGCUCGCUGGACAGUGAGCUGUUGGAGGAGUUCCUGAGGGCUGCUGAGGGCAUGGAGGCGUUCUGUACUCCCUCGCAGCUACGAGACAUGGAGUUCUUCACGCAGUCCGUCCGCACGCAGUGGGAGGCGUGUUUCUCUGUUGAGGGUGGGGUGGCGCAGGCCAGUGUCCAGCUGCAGGUCCUUAAGGAUCUGUGUGACACUCUGAGUCCCGAGGACGCCCACCUGCUGGCCCAGGCGCAGCUACGCGAGUGUGAGAAGAGACUGGCGGCCAUACAGCACCAGUUCAGCACCGAGAGUACAGGCAGAUCACGAGAGGAUAUGUCCCCUGAAAGCCAGCCCUCAGCCCCGCCUACAACCAAACACGCUACACCCACCUCUCAGGCAUCUGUCCAAUUACAAAUCAGCACUACAGCACAAGCCACACCCACAGAACAAGCUCCUGUCCAAUCCCAGUCAUCAGCUGCCCAAUCACAAUCCACGCCUAUGGCACAGGCCACACCCCCGGCGGAAGCCCCAGCAGUGGCCACACCUCCCAUCAAGCGUGCACCAUCUGUCGAAACUCCGCCCACCAUGACCUCUCCAGAGUCUUCCCCGGCGGUGCGUAAAUCCAAGACGGUGCAGAAGAGGGAGAUCGUGAAGCAGAUGAGUGCAGAGGACGAAGCAGCCAAGGAGGCGACCGACAGGUACCGUAGUGCCCGGUUCGCGCUGGUGGCUCAGCUGAACAGGAAUGAGCAGAGCAUGGUGGGAGACCUACCCUCCGACUCCAUUACCACACGAGACCUGCAGAAGAGACACAAGGAACUACAGGCCCUGACGGAGGAGUCAGAGCUGUUGUGGGCGGAGUUUGCGCGCCAGUGUUCCGUCCUGCCGCAGCUGAAGGGAGAGAUGAGAGGUCCGGAACAGGAGCAGAUGGAACUGGCACUCAAGUGGAGAGAGCAAAAAACACACCUACAGAACAGGGUGACGUCUCUGGGCUCUGCGCUUCAGUUGGUGGACUCUACAGAGCGAAGCCUGAGUGACAUCACAGAGCGCCUGGAGGCCUUCCUCAAGGAACCCAAAGACAUCGACAAGACAUACACACUCACCAACGACAACAUACUACAGGACAUCAAGGAUCUAGAAGACAGUAUUCAGAGUGAGAUGGAGCGCUUGUCUCGUUUUGAUUCGGACCCGAGCCACCUGGACCUGCGAGACCGUGCGCCACUUACACAGGUGGUGCUGACCCUCCGAGGAGCACUGGACCGACUACGCCAACAGGUGACGAGGAGCCAAGCAGCUGCACGUGCGCUACACACCUUCCUACUUUCCCUACGAUCUGUAGACCUCAGCAGCCACAGUACCCCCUCUGGUGAGGUUGAGUCACUGCAGGAGACUCGCGAUGCUCUGGCCCACAUGAGGCCUGGAGUCGCGAGUCUUGCAGAGAAGGCUCCUCAGCUGGAUCGGUUGCUGGAGGGUGGUCGUCUGUGGGUGACGAGGCAGGGCGUUGCAGCCUCGUGCCUGGACAUGGCCUCGGGUCUGCUGGGGGAGCUGGAGGAGGCAGAGAGGGGCCUGACCUCCAGGCACCAGGAGCUACAGAGGACCCAGGACCUCCAGCAGAGCCAGCAGAGCCAGCAGGAGACCCAGAAGGAGACCCAGGAGUUCCAGAAAACACAAGAGUUCCAGAAGACUCAGGAGUUCCAGAAGACCCAGGAGUUCCAGAAGACUCAAGAGUUCCAGAAGACUCAGCAGCAAACCCAGGGCCAGACCCAGCAGGAGACCCAGAAGGCCCAGAAGACCCAGGGUCCGACCCAGGGUCUUACCCGCCGACGAAGCACCCUGGCUGGGCAGCUACGAAGGAUACUGUCCUCUUCGGAGAAACAGGGCCUCCACGAACCCACAAUACCCGCUGUGCAGCAGAGGAUGAGAGCUCUGCAGGAUCUGGACUCUCAGCUCUCUGCUCUGCUGCCAGAGAUCAGCAGCAUAAAGGAAGCAGAGGAGGCGGAGCAAGCGGACCAGACUGAGCGUGCCCAGAGCGAGAUGGACAGCCUGUGGGAGGAGACUAAUCGGGCGGUGACGGACAGGCAGGAGCAGUGUUCUGCCUUGUUGGAGCUCCUCAAAAAGUUCCAGAGCUGCCGUGGUUACCUAGGCAACGUGCUGCAGAGGGCGGAGUCAACGGUGACUGAACACGCCUCCUACAUGGGCAAGGACAACCUUCAGAGACUCAUCACCACGGUGUGUUCUCUAAAGGAGGAGCUCUCUGGCCUGGGUGUGAAGAUGGAGGAUCUGAGGAGUGUGUGUCGUCAGCUCCAGUCUCUACUGAAGAAGAUUCCGGACUGCAAAGAUACACCCUUCGAGAAGGAAGCCGACACACUCGUGGACACCUGGCUGGAUGUAACAGAGAAGACUGACUCCUAUAGUGAUAGCCUGUGUGUAGGGUUGGAGCUGUGGGAUAAGCAGCUGCUAUUGGCCAAUGAGGUGGAGGUCUGGACCAAUCGGCAGAUGGCUGCUCUGGCUCAGCCACACCCCUUCCGCACCGAGACACAAGUCACCUACAUGAAGAAUGAGAUAGAGAGCAAGGAAGAGAAUAUUGAGCGUUUCCACAAGAAGACGCAGGAGAUCCAACAGCUACUGCAGAGCAGAGAGGAACCACUAGAACUACAGGUUUUAGAGACGGGUUUGAGGAAGCGUAUGGACCAGGUGAAGGAGUUGUUUGCAGACACGACUGACGUCUUCUCGGAGCUGCAGGCGGUUCGCCGGCACCUCACGCAGAAGAUGGACAGCUGUCAAUCAUCCGUCAAGGGGAUCCGCUCCGCUCUGAACGCACUCACGACCACCUCCGAUGCGGACCUGCAAACACAGAUACAGGAGCUCCGUGAGCAGCUAGGGGAGCAGGAGGAGGCCCUGUCCUCCCUCCUGAAGGAGGUGGGGGUGAUGGCCAGUGUGGCCGGCCCCGAGGUGCUGGAGGAGCUGACUGCGGACACCAGGAGCCUGAGGGAGACCAUCGCCGACACACACACACUACUCAGGCAGAGGAGAGAGCAGCGGGAGACCAGCAUCAUCACGACUGUCAAAGAUGAGUGCCAUGCGUUUGAAGAGUGGUUCCAGGAUCUGCAGCUGAGUGUCAACGAGUGUUUCGAGAAUCCAGAGACACGGCAGGACGUAGAGACAGCUCUGAAGAAACUAGAGUCCUUCCUGUCGAGUAAGGAGGGUGAGCGGCGUCUGUCUGUUCUGCGCGAGCGCGUGGAGAGUUCUAGUUCCGGUUCCGGUCCCACUGCGGAGCGUCUGGGGGCGGAGUCGGAGGUCCUGCUGCGAGACCUGAUCCAGGAGCAGCAGGACGAGCUGGACACCUUCCACUCCCACUGCAGAGAACGCAGAACACUGUUGCAGAACAUACUGCAAGACAUCAACAGUGUCCAGGUGGAGUAUGACUACUUCAGAGUGUGGCUGCAGGAGAGAGAACACAGGCAGCCAAUAGGAGACGAGAUCACACAGCUGCACCAAGACGUCCUCUCACACAGUGGGCGUGUGGAGGAGUUCCGCUCCCUGUUAGGCUCCGCCCAGCGUCAGGGCCUGAGGGCGGAGCUGCUGUUGAUUGACAGCCGUGUGCUACUUGAUCGAUUUGGCGACGUGAGGGCGCGAGUGGAGCAGCAGGCGAAGGAGCAGAGCGACCUGCGGAGGGCGAUAGAGGACCUACAAAAUCAUAUGGAGAGCACUACAGCAUGGAUCACACACACUACUGACACACAGGCGGUGCUGUCCCAGCGUUCUGAGGGCGACUCCAAACUGCGUAUCCUGCGGGAGCAUGUGGAGAGAGUGUGUGAGCGCGAGGGCCUGGAGGAGGAGAGGAGGCGCACACUCCUCAGGGCCUUGGGAGACGCGGAGGAGCAGUGGAGAGGAGUGCUGAGAGCAGCAGAGGAGUCUCACAGCCGAGCCCAGAUCCAUGAGUCGCUCUCCAGGGAGCUGCAGGAGCUGUGUGCCCAGGAGGAGAACACUCUGGCCUGGGUGCAGGCACUGCAACAGAGCCUGGACUCCAUGGAUCAACACGCCACCAUCAUAUACAGGCUCAGCACAGCACAGGCCGUGCUGUCCCAGCGUUCUGAGGGCGACUCCAAACUGCGUAUCCUGCAGGACCGUGUGGAGAGAGUGUGUGAGCGCGAGGGCCUGGAGGAGGAGAGGAGGCGCGCGCUCCUCGGGGCCUUGGGAGACGCGGAGGAGCAGUGGAGAGGAGUGCUGAGAGCAGCAGAGGAGGCACACAGCCGAGCCCAGGUCGAGGAGUCGCUCUCCAGGGAGCUGCAGGAGCUGUUUGCCCAGGAGGAGAGCACUCUGGCCUGGGUGCAGGUGCUGCAUCAGAGCCUUGACUCCAUGGAUCAACAUGCCACCAUCACAGACAGACUGAGCAUCGCACAGGCGGUGCUGUCCCAGCGUUCUGAGGGCGAUACUAAACUGCGUCUCUUGCGGGAGCGUGUGGAGAGAGUGUGUAAGCGUGAGGACCUGGAGGAGGAGAGGAGGCGCGCGCUCUUUGGGGCUUUGGGAGAUGCGGAGGAGAAGUGGAGAGGAGUGCUGCAGGCUGCAGAGGAGGCGCGGAGCCAGGCCCAGCUCCAGGACUCCCUCUCCAGGGAGCUGCAGGAUCUCUGUGCCCAGGAGGAGAGCACUCUGUCCUGGGUGAGGUCGCUGCUGCAGAGCCUGGACUCCAUGGCCAGAGGAACCCACGGCAGCCCAGAACACCUGGAGGAGAGAUACAACAGGGCACAGACGGUGCUGAAUGCGAAGUCGGAGGGCAAUGCUAAGCUAUCGUCGCUAAGGAAGAGGGUGGAGCACGUGUGUGCCCGAGAGGAGCUGAGUGAAAACCAGAGGCGGAGCCACGUGCAGUCGCUAAGAGACAUCGAUGGCGAAUGGAGAAUAGUGCUACAGACAGCACAGGAACAACACUGUGUGCUGAAGCGCCUGGUGGAGCGAAUGGUGUCGUGUCAGACCCAGAAGCAGCAGACUCAGGACCGCGUGGCCCAACUGCGGCGCGACACCGACGGACUCGCACGCCGCUUCCCCUGGCCAGGCCUCGGAGAACGCAGACACACACUGGAACAGGCUCGUGGUCUUCUAGAUCGCUGUAGGACUCUCUCCCCCAGCCUGGCUGGCCUGAGGGCCAUGGGGCGGGAACUCUACCAGACGACCCAUGACCCCUCGUGGACCGACCAAUCAUGGAGCAGCAUGGAGGAGACUGUACCCUCACUACUGAUGGAGCUCACGGAGCUGAUUAAGACGUUAGAGGACGGUAUCAAAACAGAGCGUGUGUGUGCUCAGCUGGUGGAGCAGCACAGCGCGGCUCAGGAUUGGUUGAGAGAACAGGUCAAAGGUCUCCAAGCCCCACCCACAGACCGUCAUGGACUACAGGCCGCAGUCAACACACUCAAGGCUCUCCUCCAGACAGUGAGUCGUGAGCAGGGUGAGCUUCGUGAGUGUGACUCCAUGCGUGAUGCUCUGCUACCCCUCUGCACUCCCGGAGGACGAGACUCACUCACACUGGAGAUCUCGCAGCUACACACACUCUGUGACUCCUCAGAGCAGGAGGUGCGGGAGCAUCUGAGUGUGUGUGAGGCGCGUAUGGGAGACCUGGAGCGUCGGCGUGCAGUUCGCUCUGAUGGCCUGCGGGGGGAGCUGGAGAGCCUGCUGGCAGAGCUGAGAUCUCAAGAACAUACACUCAGCUGCUGCGACCAGCUAGGAACAAUCACACAACUACAACACACAUGGCACACACUCAAGAGUUGUGAGCGCGGUCUGGAGGGGUUAGAGGGUAAAGUUCGUGACCUCAGCGCAACAUUUCAAACGGCCCAAUCAGAUGAGGAGCUGGCCUGUGACAUCACCACUUCAGUUGACACAGUGACGCAGACCUACUGCAGCUUGAGGUCGCGUGUGUCUGACCGGCAGUCGUUGUGUGCUGAGAGCACCGUGUCCAUCGUCAGAGAGGCACUGAAGAGCCUACAGAGAUGGAACCAGGCAGCACACACACACCGCAACGAGGACUCUACAUUCACUAUACAGGAGCUGUUGGAGGAGGGUGCAGUUCACCAGAGAAACCUGAAAGUGUCACUGUCGCACCGGGAGCUGCUGAGGGAGUGUCUGGGGGCGGACCUAGCCGGCAAGAUGGAACGGGACGGAGCGCAGACAGACAAAGACGCGGGUGACAAUGCGGCAGCCCUCACACAGAGACUCAAGGACAUCGCUGAACAGAAGCGUAAGGAGGCCAUAAGACUGUCCCAGGAGAUUGAGCUGCGGUUCCCUAUUGAGAAAAGCUCCAGCCCCAUGCUGUUCACCUCUGUAUUCAGCCAGGCCGACCGUGAAGCCUUUGGCCAACAGGGGUCUCCCUCUCCAACUAAAGAUACUCUCACUGAGGCUGAGCAGCCGGAGCAGGAACAACAGGGCACAGUUGGAGAGACAAGGCAACAGGUGCAACACGCUACAGUUCAGCAGCAAAUGCAGCUGAAAGGAACUAUGGAACACACAAAACAGAUGCAGCAGGUCACAGUUGAAAAGACAACACAAGUGCAACAGGGUACAGGUGAACCUCCUGUCCAGAAGGGGGGAGUCCGAUCCGCGAUAGAGGCUCCCACCCACAGGCAGGUCACCAUAAUGAUCAGUGGAAACGAGGAGUACAGGAAGGAGAAGGAGAAGCACGAGCAGCAGGAGAAGCAGCGAGAGCAGGAGGAGAAGAGGAAAGAGGAGAAGAAGAGAGAGGAGGCGUGUGCGGUGGGAGCCAUGCUGUGGGAGAUGCAGCAGGAGAUCCAGACGUCUGGAGUUGCCGCCGCUGCAGCUGCCGCUAAACACAGGAGGGGCCUGUCACCUGACAGGACACACACACCUGAGCAGAGGAGGGGCUUAUCACCUGAGCGGGCACUCAACCCUGAGUCAGAGCGUAUGGUAGAGACUGAGAUGAGGCGAGGGGAUGGGGAGUGGCGGGUGGUGCCCAUCAGUAUGGAGGCAAAGCAGGAGAGGCAGCAAGAGAGGAGCGUUUCUGCAGAGAGGCCAGCAGAGGGCAGUAUUAUUGAGGGCAAGAGAACACAGAGACAUGAGGUGGAGGAGGAUGGCCAAUACAUAGAGACUGAGACAGGCAGAGAGAGGAGAGGGACACAUGAAUACCGGGAUGUUCAGUACAUGGAAACAGAGAUGAGCAGAACGAGGGGAAUCACUGAGAGAACGCUAGUCGAGAGGUCUGACCAGGAGGUAAAGAUGCGCAACAAAGACACCAGCGGAGCGUCACCCAGGCCCAAGAGGAGAGUGGCGUCCCUCAUUCUGGAUGAAGACAGCGUCCACAUCCAGAGCACAGGACACCUGGACACCUGUGCAGGGGACCUGGAGGAUACCACAGCUGCGGACAUCGCUCGACUGGUGGCCUCAGGCUCCACCGGCAUGGCUUUGCCCACCAUGGCUAAGGACACGGAGACUCGCGUGUCAAGGACCACUCAGGGCGUGGUGCAGGGAGUGGCCCAGGCGGAGGCAUGUGUUGGUGGGCUAGAGAGAGGCGCGUCCCCCUCGAGGGCUUCGGGUGUGUCAGCGGCACCGCUGGUACAAACGGCACCCGGGGCUCCUGCAGGCGGUUGGACCGGAACCAACGGCCCCGAUGGGCGUCCCCGGGGGAUGGAACACUUCACGACGAACAACGGGCCGCGUGACAUGCAGCAGCAGCGCUACCUCGUCCUGGAGCAGCCCACACUGCGCCCCCCUGUGGCUGCCAGGCCGUCUGUAACAAGACCGAGCUCCCUCUCGGAGGAUGUCAUCCUGGAGCUGCCCGGAGAGGCAGAGAGGAUCCUUGGAGAAAGAGAUGAGGAGGAAGCGGGGCCACAGAGGGACAACCCUGGUCCUGGUCCUGGUCCUGCCCCGCCCACCCGGAGGAGGAAGGUUCUGGAAGGGCAGGAAGGUCAAACAGGUGUCAGGGGUCAGAAGGACCAGGUCAGCCAGGAUUUCCUCAUGGGCAUCAAAAACGUAAUUCUACUCCAGACAGAAUCCGGAACCUGGACGGAGGUAGACGUGUUCUCACCUUCAGACACAUGCAAGGAUAAGCCCAUGGCCCCAGUGCGAAGGCGCAAAGACACUGAAGAGUUGAGACACGGUACACAGCCAGAGAGAGGGGCCGAGAAGGAGGCUGAGAGGCAUCCAGAGAGCAUGGGCAUCAAGCAAGUAACUCUACUACAGACAGAAUCCGGAAUCUGGUCAGAGAUAGACCUCACCACACCUUCAUACACGUGUGACGAGAAGCCUAGUGGCACUGUGGGUGGCCAGUUGGAGGAGAAGAGGGAGGGAGGGCAGCCUAUGGCACCAGUGCGAAGGCGCAAAGACACUGAAAUGUUCGGCCACCAUACACAGCCAGAGAGGCAGCCAGGGAGAAGGGCUGAGAAGGACCAGGUCAGCCAGGAUUUCCUCACGGGCAUCAAAAACGUAAUUCUACUACAGACAGAAUAUGGAAACUGGGAGGAGGUAGACGUGUUCUCACCUUCACACACGCGUAAGGAGAACCUUGAAGCUAUUCUAGAGGGCCAGAAGAAAGACAGGGAGGCAAGGCAGCCCAUGGCCCCAGUGCGAAGGCGCAAAGACACUGAACAGUUGGGCCACGGUACACAGCCGGAGAGGCAGCCAGAGAAGGAGGCGGAGAGGCAUCCAGAGAGUAUAGGUAUCCAAAACGUAAUUCUACUACAGACAGAAUCCGGAAACUGGGAAGAGGUAGACGUGUUCUCACCUCCACACACGCGUAAGGAGAAGCCUGAAGCUAGUCUAGAAGGCCAGAAGGAAGAGAGGGAGGCAAGGCAGCCCAUGGCCCCAGUGCGAAGGCAGCCAGGGAGAAGGGCUGAGAAGGACCAGGCCAGCCAAGAUUUCCUCACGGGCAUCAAAAACGUAAUUCUACUACAGACAGAAUCUGGUACAUGGGUGGAGACAGACGUGUUCUCACCUUCUCACGCGCGCAAAGAGAAGCCUGGAGCUAGAGGUCUAAAGGGCCAGAAGGAAGAGAGGGAGGCAAGGCAGCCCAUGGCCCCAGUGCGAAGGCAGCCAGGGAGAAGGGCAGAGAAGGACCAGGUCAGCCAGGAUUUCCUCACAAGCAUCAAAAACAUUAUUCUACUACAGACAGAAUCUGGUACAUGGGUGGAGAAAGACGUGUUCUCACCUUCACACACGCGCGAGGAGAAGCCUGGAGCUAGAAGUCUAGAAGGCCAGAAUGAAGAGAGGGAUGCAAGGCAGCCCAUGGCCCCAAUGCGAAGGCCGACAGGGAGAAGGGCAGAGAAGGACCAGGUCAGCCAGGAUUUCCUCACGGGCAUCAAAAACGUAAUUUUACUACAGACAGAAUCCGGUACAUGGGUGGAGACAGACGUGUUCUCACCUUCACACACGCGCAAGGAGAAGCCUGGAGCUAGAGGUCUAGAGGGCCAGAAGGAAGAGAUGGAUGCAAGGCAGCCCAUGGCCCCAGUGCGAAGGCACAAAGACACUGAACAGUUGAGCCAUGGUAUACAGCCAGAGAGAGGGGCCGAGAGGGAAGCCAGACAGGAUUUCCACAUGGGCAUGAAAAACGUAAUGCUACUACAGACAGAAUCUGGAACCUGGACGGAGGUAGACGUGUUCUCAGAGGAUAUCAGUAUUGCUGAAUCAAUUACGGUCACAGAGCUCUCUGAAGUCCUACCUACACCACCAGUGCGGAGGAAGAAGGACAGAGCAGACCAAAUAAGCCUGGCUGAAUCUGUGACUGAUCUCACAGAAGUGCUUCCCACUCCACCAGUCAGGCGGAAGAAAGGAAAGGACGGUGACCAAAUCAGCCUUGCCGAAUCCUUCACCGACCUCACAGAUGUCUUACCCCCACCACCAGUCAGACGAAAGAAGGAAAAGGCAGCAGAUCAGAUAAGUCUUGCUGAAUCUAUCACUGAUCUUACAGCUGUUUUGCCGCGAGCGCCGAGCAGAAGGCGCAAGGACAGGUCUGACCAAGUCAGCCUUGCGGAAUCGAUGACCGAUCUCACCAGCAUCCUACCCACACCGCCGGCCAGGCGAAAGAAAGGAAAAGACGGCGAUCAAAUCAGCCUGGCUGAAUCGAUGACUGAUCUCUCUGAAGUCCAGCUGCCAGCUGCACCCAUCAGAAGACGCCGAUCCCAACUUGGCGAUCGGAUGAGCCUGGGUGACUUCGACAUUCUUCCAACUCCACCGGCCCGGAGGAAGAAGAAGGCAGGGGAUCAGAUCAGUCUUGCAGAGUCAGUGACGGAUCUGUCAGAGGUUUUGCCCACACCACCAGUCAGGAGGAAGAAGGAGCGGGCAGCAGACCAAAUCAGCCUUGCUGCUGAGUCCAUGACAGAUCUCUCUGAAGUGCUUCCCACUCCUCCCAGUAGACGCCGCAAGCCCCAGAUGGAGGCGGACAGAUCGUCUGUCAGUCUGGAUGCCCAGCAGGAGAUAGCUGGAGAGGCCCAGCCCAGCCUACCUGCCAGGAGGAAGAAACCUCAGGAGGACAAACCUUGUGAGGAUGCAGCCCUGAGACAAGAGAGAGGCCCUGAAGACUCGGCAGCCAAGCCAUCCGCAAUUAAACACUCUCCAGCAAGUGUGGGUGGCUUGGCUGCAGAGCGUGAAGCUGGAAGGGAUGAGACAGUGAAUGUCUCCAAACCUGAGGCCAAGAGCGUGGAACCUUCAAUGGCAGAGGAGGCCAGGCGGAGCGAACCAGCCAUUAAAAAGGAGGCAGAGCUGGAUGCAGCAGCCAUGACCAAGGAAGCAGAGAUAUGCGACCCAGCUAUGACCAAGGAAUCAGAGAGGGGUGAGGCAGCCAUGGAAGAGAAGCCUGAAAGGGGAGCUGCACUACCAGAGACUUCCACUGAAGCACCUGCUUUGCCCCAGGAAGACACUCAGGAGAGGGACAGUAAACCGCCCUCACUGGAGGACACCAAGAACACUAAAGAUGCUUCACAGGAGGAGAAAAAAUAUGUUAGCACCCCUGUCUUAGAGAAGGACUCCACCCCUGCUACACACAAGGACUCUAAACCUGCCCUUGACAAGGACGCUACUCCUGUUGUAGAUGUUACCAAAGCAGAGGAGGAAAAGCAGGCUGUCACCCCUGCUAUUGGGGAGGAACCUGCUGCUGCCCUAAAACCGGCUGCACCAACCAGACGCAAGGAAAUGAAGGAGCCCUCACCGGUCCCAGCCAAUCAGAAACCAGAGCUGCUGCAAAGCCAGCCAAUCAGCAGGCCGGAGGAGUUGGAGAUGGCCAAAGAGCCUCAACAGGAGGCCAGACCGGCCUCUACGGAGCCUCGGAAGCUUCAGGAAGAGCGUGUGUCUGCCCUGGAGAAGGCAGAAGAGCUGCUAUUGGGCGAGGAGGAGGAAGGGGUGGAGCCUAGGGGUCCAAACAUGGAGGAGCUCUUCACCCAGAUCAGCCGCAUGAACCAGGAAGCAGCCAGCGCUAUCAUCACACAGGCGGGUGUGUGUCGGGACGCGGUGUGGUGUGUGGACUGGUCUGAGCGUGAUCGCGACGCUCGCCUGAUGCGGCUGGUGCUGCGAAUCCUCAACUGCCAGUCACGACCAGCUGAGCUCCGCACAGAGGCCAUGGCAACGCAAGUGGAGGAGGCAGAGGAGUGCAAGGGCAGUGCUCAGAGGGAGAUCUCGGCCAUCUCUCAGGCUCUACAUGCUAGCACGGCGGCUAACAGUGAAGGUGACGACAUUGAGGGCGAUGGCGAAGGUCGCGACCCAGAGGGUAAAGUUCGCAACCCUGAGGGGGAGUGGUCAGCCGUGCUGUGGGACGCGACCGCGGUUCUGCACGCCAAAGAGGCGGAGCUAAGUCUGUUGACGGACCUCGACCGCCAGACACACACGCUGCGCUCCACACUGGACCGACUCAAGAACGAGCUGCACAACCUCAAGACUUCCCCACAGGAGAGCAGCUUCCUGGAGUCGGUGCGUCUGCAGGCGUUCGUGCGCAGCAUGGAGCAGGAGAGGUGCAUCAUGGGACAGCUGCUGCGGACAGUGGCGAGUGUGUGUGCGCGCGUGAGUGAGCCGGAGCGUGUGUGUGUGUCGGCGCGCGUGUGCGAGCUGCAGGCAGAGUGGCGCGGGGUGGAGCGGGCCGGAGAGACAGCCUUGCAGCACGCCCAGAGCUUCUCGCGCCAUAGUGCCAUCUUGCUUCAGGAAGCGUCAUCGCUACUGGAACACCUCAAGACGCUGCAGCGGGCUCUGGCCCCCCAAACGUCUCCACACACACACACACCACCGUGGGACCCUAAGGCGGCCCGCGAGGCCAUGCUGCUGUCAUCAGAGUUGACGGCAGCCCAGCAGCAGUUGAUGACUCUUCAGCGUGAUGUAGAGGCAUGCUGCGCUGGUGCUCCCUGGCGUGCGGAGGUGGGUAGUCUUGAGCGCCACCUGGAGGGCAUACGGGAACAGCUGGAGACGCUGGGGGACAAACUGGCCGCCCAGACACCCCGAUCAACCAAUCAGACGACAGCUAAGAUCCUCGCUGUGAUGACGGAGGCUCAGGCCUGGGCCAAGCAGACCGAGAGCGACAUCGAGGGACGACGACACAAGGUUGCCUUACUGCCAGAGGACGUGCAUCGCCAGAUCCGGGACCUGAAGCGCGUUGGCGCGGAGAUGAGCACUAAGCAGGCCCAGCUGGAGUCCCUGAUUGCCGAGGUGACGGACCUGACUCCCCAGCUGGACGCGGGGGACGUUCCCAUGGUAACCGCGUCGCUACGCGUGCUGGAGGGACUGUCCAAGAGCGUCGCCGAGAAACUCGCAGACACACUCAAGGACCUACAGGGGGCACUGCAGGCUCGCGAACAGAUGGCAACGGAAUUAGCAGAGGCUGAGGCAUGGGUAGAUACUCAGGUGGUGCGUGAGGCAUGUUGCAGUUCCGAUGAGCGCCUGAUGGGGGUAGUGGAGCUGGAGCGGCGCGGGCAGCAGCUGGCAGAGGUGGCGCAGGAGGCAGAGAGGAUUCUGGGAGUGUGCGAGGCGCUGCUGAUGCGCAGUCGAGACGCCGCCCAGGAGCUCAGCGUCCAGGAGACACGUCGCCUAGACGACCGACUGCGGUCGCUACGCGAGGAGGUGCGCAGUGUUGCCGCCGGCAACCGCAGCUGCAGAGAGGAGGUGGAGUCGUUGCUGCGCGGGCGUGAGGAGGCUCGGCGGGAGCUGGUUGCCGUGGAGACCAGUCUGCGGGGGAUGCUGGUGCAGGUGAAGCAGGUGCGUUUCCCGGUGACGCACGCUGCCAUGGCGACGCUGGAGCCCCUGAGGGCCGGGGCGCUGGAGCUGAGGGCCCGCGUGGAGCGUCUGCGGCCAUGCGGAGAAGACAAGAGACGAGAGCUGCUCGCCAUCGCUGCGGAGAUACACCACAAGAUGGCUGCCCUGCAGACACAGGAGACGCAACACCGAGCCUACCUGGCAUACAGGGGGCGUGUGGACGCACUGAGGGAGCAGCUGGAGAAGGAGGUGGAGGUGACGCGCGAGGACACGCUGAGGAGGAGUAAAGAGGAGCGGUACCGCCGCUGCCUGCUGGUCCUCACGCGCGCCCCGCUACUCAAGAUGCUCUGUGACGACACGGCAGACGAACUCCACCAGGUGGCGCCACACCUGUACCCCACGCAGCUCACCGCCGAGAGGAACUGGAUACGACAGGUGCUGGAGGUGCUGAAAACGUGGGAGCUAACGGCCCUCAACACCCUGCAGGUUCUGGAGUGGGAACAGGUGAAGGAGGUGCACUACUCCUCAGAGUGUCACUCCGUCAUGCGCCUCCUCCGGAGAGCCUACCGCAGCCUGCAGGAGCACACGGCAGGAGACACAGGAGGAGACGCGACUCAAGAGCCAAAGGAGGAGCGUGAGGGAGGCGCGUGGCGUCUGCAUGCUCGUGAGGAGGAACUGGAAGGAGAGAUGAGGAGGUGCCUACUGCUCCGUAAGGAACUGGAGAGCCGCAUGCGCGUGCUGGAGGUUCUAGAACACCGUAAGGGUCUCAAGCCGCAGGAGACCGCGCUGAAGAACACACUCACACACGCCAGAACACUCGUACUCAACGCCUGUGACCAGCGCAUGGAGUCCCUGUCUAAGGCGCGUAAGGCUCUGCGCAGCUACGUGUGUGUGCUGGGCGCCGCGGUGGAGUGUGUGUACCGAGCGGAGUGCGUCCUGCUUCCCUCGGCCGCGUCCGCUCUCUCCUGCUCCCAGCGGCUGCGCGACGUGCAGCAGGCCCUCGACACACUCCCCCGAGACCUCCACACACACCUGGACCGGCUGGCCACCCUCGCCCCGCUCACACACACACACGCGGCCGGCCGCGCCCCGCACACACACGCGCAGAGACUACUGGAGGAGGUGACCAGCAGCCUACUGGUGCGAAUGGCAACGCUGCAGGCACAGGGACAGAUACGCAAGGAGACGCUGGAGGGGUGUGUGGAGCGUCAGAAGGCGGUGCGUAAGAGCUAUGAGGAGAUCUGUCAGCUGGUGAGGGACAGCGAAACCAGCCUAUUAGAGUGCAGCACUCACAAGGUCACCACCCACAAGGACUGCCUCGCACAAGAGACCAAACUUAAGGCUGUAGAGAAGGAGGUGGAGAGUCUCCCAGCUUGUCUGGAACGGUUGCGUGAGUGGUGCGAUGUGACAGGUUGUCGUAGUAACCGUGAGGAGGCUGUCAGCGCCCUCUGGUGUCAAGUGGCCAAACUGCAGCGCAGCACACGAGACCUGAAGGCCCGAACACACACACACACACAGGAGUGGAGCAGCGUAACCAGCAGCGUGGAGAAGGCGUCAAUCGUGCUGGAGCAGGUGGAGGCGGAGUUAUGUGAGGCAGGGGCGGAGACUGCAUCAUGGGAGGAGCUAGGAGAGCAGCUGCAGUACUGGGCGCAGUAUCAGGAUAGGCUGGACUGUGAGCAUCGUGCCCUAUCAGCUCUCGAGCUGCGUUUGGCCCGCCUCCUUGGAGUCCUGCCCACUCUAGAAGAGGCCCCGCCCAUCCCACUCUGCCAACAGCUGCAAGCCAUGCAGGAGCGCUACAAGAGUCUGCGGGAGAAGAGCCUGGUUGGUCGGAAGGCAGCAGAGGCGGAGCUUGCUGCUCGUGAGAAGGUCAGGGCGGAGCUGCAGGGCGUGAGGGAGUGGCUAGUUGCUGCGGUGACACAGCUCACAGCUCUGGAUGACGCCCCCAGCACAGAACAACUGCAGGAGCUGCAUGCUGAGUUGUGUACCCAGAAAGCAUUGCUUCAGGGCAUCAUGGAGUCUCUGCGUCUGAAGUAUUCUGAUGGUUACACGCUGGUUCCCACGGAGAUAGAUGGACCCCUACAGGAAGUCUCAUCCUCACUACAGGAAAUAGAGGAACAGGUGGAGGAGGCGGUAGAGAAGAGUGGUCCAGUCCAUCGUCUGGGUGCUCGUGUGUGUGAGAUCAGAACUAAACUGGACUCGCUACAGAAACGCCUCGACACACACUGCUCCUCCGUCAGCGAGGCCGAGAGCACACAGAAGGUGGUAUGGGAUGAGUUGGAUGUGUGUCUCUCCAGUCUGGCUGCAGUAGAGGUGGAGAUGACGGACGUGACGGACGGAGAGGAGGUCACACUACUGUACGACGCCUUCACACACACACAACGCACGCUCACACUCCUCACCAAUCAGGCCGAGCAGCGCACAGCACUCCUCAGCAAGAUGCGUGUGUGGCUACAGGAGCAUGAGGAGAUGGUGAGGAGUUCUCAGAGCUGGAUGGCCGAGGCACAAACAUGGCUGACAACCCCCUACACCUAUACUACAGCUAAAUGCCUACAGAGCCAUGCCAACGCACUACAGACGGUGCUAGGUGACUCUGCGCAGGUGCGUCGGACGCUGCAGGGCUUCGAGAGUGUGUUGCGCGAGAUGGGGAGUGUGUGUGAUGUCACGAAUCUCCAGGAGCAACUGACACACUCCGACCAGCAGGUGGCGGCAAUGCAGCACAGCUUUGAGGAACCGCUAGCACAACUGGAGAAUGCAGCGGCCGAGAUUGAGGCAAUAGAGUCGGAGUUGAAGGUGAUGGAGAGAGAUGUGUUGUCCAUCAGAGAUGUCCUGUCUCCUCAAGGAUCCAUCACACACAUCAACAAAGACACACUCAAGGAUGCGGGGGUGCGUAUUGCGCUGAUGAGGAGGACUGUGGAUGAGAUCCAGUUCUGCAAAGAGGGACUCAGUCUGCCACAGGGGGCAGCGCACACACUCACCGCCUUCCCCAGAGCACAGCAGAUACUACUGCACCUACAGCAACUAGAGAAGUUGAUUCCUAAGCAGGUGGAACAGGAGCAGAGAGAGGAGAAGAAGACAGUAGGCAAAGAUGAAAACAGGAUUGAAUCUACAGCAGAGGAUAGCCAACGCCCGCUACCUCUGCCUACACCUGCCCCCGUGGAGCCCAGAACUACCCCUUCCCCCUCUCCAAAUGCCCCGUCCCCCUCUCUACCCGCCCCCUCCACCUCUCCUGUACCUGCCCCAGACGAAAAACGACCCUACCCCUCUCCUGUACCCACCACCGCCCCCGCCCCCGCUCCCCCCUCCCCAUCCCUCGUGGAGGCCAAAGCUGCCCCCCCACACCCCACUCCACAGGCCCGCCCUGCCCCCCCAGCCCUACCCUUCCAGGAGAGUGAGGAGGGUCUGAUCCAUAUAGCCCAUGUGGAGGAGGACGUUCUAAAGAGAACCGGUGGAACCCUGAGAACCGUGGAACCCUCAAGCACUCAGAGAGAGCAGCCCUCUACGCAGACACAGGAGGAGAGAGAUGAAGACAAUAAAGGAGGAGAGGAACUAAAGGAGAGGGAGGAAGAAGAGGAUGAGAAAGAUGAGGACGAAGAUGAGGAAGAGGAGGAGGAAGAUGACAUUUUCGUCUCCUGUGACUCCGUCAUCAGUGAAGAACAGGACCAGCAGGGGGCUUCGUCUGCAACACACACUGAGGAACAGCACCAGGAAACCACAUCAGACGACGAGGAUGUGUUUAUGGAGGCGGAGGCGGAGCCAGAAGGCAGGCCAUUGGCUACAGUGCGAACACAGUCCCUCCCCCGAGAGCGGGAGGUCAUGUCCACAGGACAGAUUGGCCAGACAGCGGGGCUGAAGACACACACACACACACCAGCCACAGAUACAUACACACCAGCCACACAGACACACACGCCAGCCACACAGACACACACACAGCCAGGUGACGCACACGCCCCCCCACCCCCUGAGAGCAGUGUAGCGCAGGGCAUUGAGAAGGAAGCAGACAUUGCCAUGGAGACGACCUCUGUAACCUCGAGGUCAGGGGGUCAGGAGGGGUUAUCUGGGGUCACUGGCCUCCUUCCCUCCCCCAGGGGCCGUGAGCACCAGGCUCCUCUCAGGGGCCCAGAGCCCGGCUCUCUACCCACUCAUCAAGCACCGUCUGCGGGGACACACCCGGCCGAGAGCCCCUCUACCGGCCCAGAGACCCCUGGUGCCCUGACACCAAUGCAUACGCUCACACAGACAGACACACACACACUCACACAGACAGACACACGCACGCUCACACAGACAGACACACACACACUCACAAAGACAGAUGCCCUAGGGGAGCAGAGGACUGCCACCACACACACUCACACACCCAGCGCUCAUACACACACUCCUACCACACACACACACAUACCCCAGCCCCUCCAAGAUUGCGUAAUGGGAGCCUCCACAGAUACAACUGUGGCGUCAGGAGGGGAUCUGCGUGUGUGUGAGCAGCAGGUUCAGGAUUUGGAGGAGAGGCUGGAAAGAGCUCAACUCAGUCUACAUGACACACACGCUCACACACACGCUCACACACACGCCAGCAUGCAGGACAGCAUGGAGAAACAGCUCCUCACCUGUCAGGCGAUGGUACAGGAGAUGGAGGAGCGGAUGUGUGUUUUGUCGUGUGAAGCUGCAGCUGAAUCGCAGCAGGAGACUGAAGCCCUCGCCAAUAAACUACAGCAGCUGAAGAACACACUGGUCACCUUCCACAACACACUACAACAGAGAGAGUCCCCUCUGGCUGAGAGGCGAAGUGCUAGUCUGCAGGAGAUUCUCUCAUCGUCCAGCACCCUCAGCAGACACAACAGCCAGCAGAAGGAUCUGGGGGUGGACCUGUGUGAGCAGAGGAGUCUGACUAAGGCGCUGGUCAGACAAGGCAGCCGGACCAGAAUACACUCAGAGGACAACACAAGUGUGUCAUCUGAGGCUGGGAGGCAGGAAGAGGAAGUGACAUCACAGAGGAAGUGGACUCACCUGCUCAGCAGACUCAGCUCAGCUGGAGGACACACACACACUGCCCAUGACACCACACCUGGACAAGCUGAGGUGGAUGUGCCAUCGGUGUGUGUGUGGGACCCUGUUGCUGGCGAUCAGCUUCUGAAGGAAUUAAAGGAACACCACUCACACCUCACACACCUCAAGGAGCUCACACACAUCGCUGCUCAGGCCCCCCAUGGCGUCGUCUCCCAGAGGGAUGUGGAUGAGAGUGUGUUUGAGCUGCUGUGUAGUCUGGACCUCUCCCUCUCCUCCCUCUCCUCGCUGUCACACACACACACCAGCAGCAGCAGUAGCGGCCCGCACACACACCAGCAGAGCCGGCAGCUACAGAGUGUGUUAGCCGUGCUCCCGUCUCUGUCAUCUGAGUUGGAGUCCUUGCGCCCGGCGCUGUGUGAGGUUCUGGGCUGCCCAGCGGAACCCAGUUCUACGGCAGCUGCUGCGGAGAGUUCUGGUCCUGCUGGUCGGACUGGGUCUGAGUCUUCACUUCCGGAUGGUUCUCCUGCCAAGGGUAUGACUAGCUCUGGAGAUGCUGCUCCACUUGGGUCGGGUACUGGUUCUGGUUCAGGUGUGUCGGAGUGCCUGGUUCUGAUCCGCAGGCGUCUGGAUGAGGCCCGGUCAGACCUCACCGCCUCACACACACACCUACAGCGGAGGAUGGACACACACACACAACUACAGUCACGUAUGAGAGAGCUGCAUGAGUCUGUGUUGACUAACUCAGCUCACCAAUUCCCCCUCCUGGACACUGACCUGAAUAACACUCUGGAUCCCCAGCACCAUCUGCAGGCGGUUGCCAGGUUACAACGUGAGCAUCAGCAGCAUGAAGAGCAGCUAUUGGCUCUGAGGAAACAGGCGGAGCCAGAGGGGAUGCCCACCGCCCUAUCACAGCAGGCCAUGCAGCUCGAGUCAGUGUUGGAGAGUGUGUGGGGCUCUCUGCAGCAGCAGGGUGUGUGUGUGAGUGAGAGUGUGUGUAGGCGUCAGCUCCUCUCUCGACUCCUCAGUGGUGUCCGGAACCUUCUACUGACCGCGAGAGAGAGACUCACACACACACUCCCUCUGGACACACACACACCAGGACAGCUAAAGGCUCACAUCGACGCACACACGAAGCUGUUCCUCUCUCUGUCCACUCGCCUGCGCAUGCUGCAGCACCUCUCAUCCAUGGGGAGCACUACUGCCCCUGGUGGAGAGGAGGGGGAAUUGGGGAGUAGCGACCCUACUGCCCCCAGUGGUGAAGUAAGGAGCAGUGACACGACUACCCCCGGUGUCUGGGAGUGUGAAGUGCAGGCGCUGCAGGAGGGAGUGUGUGAGGUGCAGAAGGAAGCUGAGGAGAAGCACACACACCUUUACCAUACCCUACAGGUGUGGAGUGAGUGGGAGCGGAGAUGUUCCUGGUUAGAGGGGCGUUUGGUCGAGUUGGAGAAACAGCUACCCAUAAUGCACCUGGAGGAGGAAGAAGAAGAGGAAGAAGAAGAACUACACAUGAGAGCCUCUCUCUACGAGAGAAUGAAGGCGGAACUCCAGCGAUGCCACGCCCAUAGCCACAUGAUCACUGAGCAUGCUCACACGCUGCAGGAGCAGGAAGUUGCUGCCUGUGUUGUGGGAGGGGCAACAAAGAAGCUGGCCCAGCGAUUGGCUGAUCUAGAGCAGAGGGUGGAGCUUGGCAUCCAGGUGGACAUUCCAACUAGAAAGCUGUGGAGCAGGUUCCGCAGGGACUGUCUGCUGCUGGAGGAGUGGGUGGGCGGAGCAAGAGAGAGAUUGGACGCCUGGAGGAGUCACAUGAUCUUAGGGGCUGAGCAAUCAGAUCACAUGAUCUUAGGGGCGGAGCAACCAGUCCCCGCCCCCCUGCUGCUGCAACACUACCAGGAGUUCUCUGCUGAGCUGGAGGUGAACUCGUCUCUCGAGGCUUCACUACUCAGCUGUGGGGCCCAACUCAUCACUCUCCUGCAACGAACACACACACACACUCACACCACUGCCACACACACACACACCAUCACCACUAUACACACACACAUGAGUGAUUUCACAAAAGCCAUGGAACACUCACACACUGCUGCAGCGGCAUCGGCAGACACCCUCGCCCACACACACACACUCACCCCUCCGGAUGCUGAAGAGGAGCCCAGCUCUCCCACACACACCCUCUCCCCGUCACCGUCGCGAGUGUGUGUGUCGCUGGUGCAGGAGUGUAUGGAGCGCGUGCAGCAGAGCUGGGAUGCCAUGCAGUCGGAGGUGCCCGCAGUACAGCACAGCGUCCAGCAGGUGCUGCUGGAGGGCCUGGAUGUCCAGGGGGUGCUGGCUGAGCAGCUUGCCUGGCUAGAGGCCACCGAGUCUGGGCUACAGGAGCUGGAUGACCUGCCCCCUACACCCAACACAUCCACACACCUCAGAGAACUGCUGCACAGAUACAAGUAUUUCCAGGCUGGGUUCUCCUCUCAUCAGUUCGCCAAGGACCUCUUGAAUCAAGCCGUGCUAGAGAUGGACUACACACACACACACUCUCACCCUCACACACACUCGCACAUGAACACACUCCUGCGCUACACACACACUCAGUUUGCAGAGGAGCUGGGACAUCUGAAUGAACGCUGGACACACCUGCAGACAGCACUCAGCACAAAGGUUCAGCAGGUGGAGUGUUGUCUCCGUGAGAGUGAUGAGCUGCUGGCCAGAAUCCACUUCCUGGUUGGCUGGGUCAAAGGUCAAGAAGCCGCUCUCCGAUUGGCCGAGACACCCAGCUGCCGCUCUGCUGCUCAGACCAACAUCACACAGUGCGAGCGUGUGUGUGAGGGUGUGUUGAGGAGGAGAGCAGCAGUGGAGGAAAUGAGGAGGAGGGGGGCGGAAUCAGAAGGAGGGGUAUGUGAUGAUGUCAUCACAGAGAUGGAUGACCUCAUUAAGGCCUGUGACGCCCUCCACCAACAGGCGGUGUGUGUGUGUAGUUCUCUGCAGCAGCUUCUGGUUGACUGGGCUGCAUAUGAUGCUGAUCUGAAGGAGCUCACCGCACACACACUCCUCACCACACACACACUCCAGCUCUGCCAAGCCCCACCCCUUUCCCUAAACAACCUCCAGGCUAGCGCUGAUAGGCUACAGAAUUUGAAGAUUUCAAAUGAGGAAAUUGACCAAAAAUGGGAGGGGCUUGAACAGAAGCAAUGCGCUCUGAUUGGCCGGAUUGAACAAGACUCCGCCCGCAUCCUGACGAAACACAUGAAGACGGAGAGAGCAGAGUGGUGUAAGGUGAGGCGUAGAGUGUGUCAGGCGGUGGAGAGGAGUGUAUGUGUGUGUGAGGCGUGGAGGAUGUACGAGUGUGUGUCUGCACCCUGCUCAGAGCGCUUACGGAUGUGUCGCGAGCAGCUACACACACUCUCGCUUCCCACCCAGCCCACACACACACAUGCGCAGGACGACCUUGCAGCAUUCAUACACACCAGUCAGUGUCUCCAGGACAACAUCGCCAGCCUCCAGGACGACUUACAGGAAGAGAGAGAAGCCUGCAGGCACCUGAUUGGUCAACUGGACCCUCAGUCAGCCGGCUUCAUCCAAUCACAAAGCCGGCUGCUGUCACGUGGGGCGGUGCAGCUCAGCCAGGCACUACCAGUCAAGCACAAGCAGCUACAGUCUGAGCUGUCUGAGUUGUUGGAGUUUGAGAGUGUGUUUGAGCGUCUGGAGGGUUACUAUGACGACUGGCAGAGCAGGAUAACCAGCGUCUCAGACACACACUUCACCGACGUGGCAGAGUCUGCUCUGCUGGACCUGAGUGCCCUCUCCCCUGAUCUUGAUUGGCUGAAUGAGCUCAGCUACUCCCGCCCCUUGACCGAGCUGGCCAAUCAGAGGCUGCAGAGCCUCAACAGGAAGUGGGCCGAGGCCUCCGCUCACGCUCUGGAAAGAUGCAGUGCUCUCCAGGCGGAGUGUGUAUCUCGUGAGGGGUUUGAGCAGCGCUGUGAGAGGUGGAUGAGAUUCCUACAACACAUGGAGGACACCAUCGCAAUAGAGCUGCCACACACACACGCCGAGCUCAGGACACACACACACACUCACCAGAGGUUCCAGGCUGAGUUGUCUCUUGGUCAUCAGAUUCUUCACUCUGUCAUUCAGGAGGCGCUGAGACUGUUACAGCGAGGGGAGAUAGAGGACAGGAGUGAUUUCCUCUUGAAGUUAGCCCAGCUGCGUGAGCAUUGGUAUGGUGCAGUGACCCGGGCGUCUCAACAGCGGGCCCUGGUGGUGGGUCUGGUGCACUGCUGGCGAAGCUACACGCACGGCCUCCGCAGGCUGAAUAGACUCCUCCCACUCAGCAACAUGCUCCUCCCACAACACGACCCCGCACAUUGCAGCAUCACAUACAUACGCACUUCACUGGACAACCUCAAGCGUGUGGAGGUGCUGUUGAAGAGGAGUGAGUCGUGUUAUCUGCAGACGUGUGCAGUGGGGGGUCAGCUGUUUGGAGUGUCGGACUCACACACGCAGGCACAGCUGCAGACGGAACUCUCAGCCCUGACGGAACACUGGGAACAGGCGCACAGCAUUCUGGGAAACCGGAGGAACCUGCUGGAUGACAUCAUGAAGAAGUGGGAGAGCUGCCAGGCCCAGCUAGUCGAUAGCGCAGCGGAGCUGGAGGAGAUGAGGGCCAUGCUGAGGCAGCCGAUCCCAGAGCACAUGGAUGACAUGCAGGACACAGAGCUGUUUGUUAAGGAGGUAGAGGACUCCCUGUCCCAGUGGGCUCUGCGUCUGGGCAGCCUGAGCAGCAUGAGGGGGGACCUCUCCCAGUACAUCCUGCCCGACGACACACUGCUGCUGCAGGAGCAGGUGGACCAGCUGCACACCCAGUGGGAGGAACUAUGCCUCAAGGUGUCGCUACGUAAGCAGGAGAUCGCGGACCGGCUGAAUGCCUGGAUCAUCUUCAAUGAGAAGAAUAAGGAGCUCUGUGAUUGGCUCUCGCACAUGGAGAACAAGGUGGCCCACAGCACAGACCUCUGCAUUGAGGACAUGGUGGAAAAACUGAAAAAGGACUGCAUGGAGGAGAUCAACCUCUUCAGUGAGAAUAAGACUCAUCUUAAGCAGCUGGGUGAGCAGCUGAUCAGUGCCAGUAACAAGACCAAACAGCCGGACAUCAACGACAAGCUCCGAGACAUCAACGACCGCUGGCAACACCUGUUCGACCACAUCGACGCCAGGGUGCGUAAGCUGAAGGAGACCCUGGUGACAGUUCAGCAGCUGGAUAAGAGCAUGUCUAACCUGCGCUGCUGGCUGUCGCGUAUCGAGGCGGAGUUGGCCAAGCCAGUCGUCUACACCACCUGCCACAGCGACGAGAUACAGAAGAAACUAGCCGAACAACAGGAGCUCCAGCGUGACAUUGAGCAGCAUACGGAGGGGGUGGCGUCGGUCUUGACUCUGUGUGACGUGUUGCUUCACGAUGCCGACGCCUGCGGAACCGACCUGGAGAACGACUCCAUCCAGCAGACCACACACUCACUGGACCGGCGAUGGAGGAACAUAUGCGCCAUGUCUAUGGAGAGGAGAAUGAGGAUUGAGGAGACGUGGCGUCUGUGGUGUAAGUUCCUUGAGGACUACUCUCGAUUUGAGGACUGGCUGAAGGCUGCGGAACACACGGCAGCUAACCCCGCCACUAGCGAUGUGCUAUACACCAACGCUAAGGAGGAACUCAAGAAGUUUGAGGCGUUCCAGCGGCAGGUCCAUGAGCGUUUGACCCAGUUGGAGCUGGUGAAUAAGCAGUACCGGCGCCUUGCCCGGGAGAACCGCACCGACGCCUCCUGCAGGCUGAAAGUGAUGGUGCACGAGGGGAACCAGCGAUGGGACACGCUACAGAGAAGAGUAGCCGCUAUACUGAGGAGACUCAAGUACUUCACGUCUCAGCGUGAGGAGUUUGAGGGUUCUCGUGAGAGUGUCCUCGUCUGGCUGACGGAGAUGGAUCUGCAGCUCACCAACGUGGAACACUUCUCCGAGAGCGACACACACGACAAGAUGCGCCAACUCAACGCGUUCCAGCAGGAGAUCACCCUCAACACCAACAAGAUUGAUGCCCUGAUCGUGUUUGGGGAGGGGCUUAUCCAGCGGAGCGCGCCAUUGGACGCUGCCCUGGUGGAGGAGGAGCUUGAAGAGCUGAGCUCAUACACACAGGAAGUCUUCGGCAGGGUGGCACGAUUCCACCACAGGCUGGCCCAGAGACGACCGGUCCUGGAGGAGCAAGAGGAGACUGCCGAGUCUGAUCUGGAGGAGGGCGAGGAGCUACACGGGUCAUGUGACGAAGAGGAGGGUCACGCCGGUGGCCGAGGGGUGUGGUUAUGUAACGAGGGGGAGGGACCAGGUCGGCCGGCAGCCUCUCAGCUGUCAGGAAGAGAGACGCCCGUCAGCGUGGAGUCCCUCCCACUGGAGUGGGACCACACAGGAGACGUGGGCGGGUCUUCAUCACACGAGGAAGAGGAGGAACACACCUACUACACAGCGCUAGCAGACGUGCAGGUGACUGAGAGUUCUGAGGCGUUUGUGGCGGCUACAGCUAAGGCCCUGGGUAGGCCCCGCAGGCCUGGGAAAGCAGAGGUCUCAUGGCUCCAUUCUCCAGAGCUGCACCAGCGAAGGACUCACACACACACACAAACGCACUCUCCCACACACUCAGACUCACACUCUCCCACACUCACACCCACGCACUCACACACACACUCUCCCACAUUCUCACGCACACACUCACACACACACACGCACUCACACUCACACUCACACUCACACAUACACACACACUCACAUUCACACAUGCACACACACUCAUCCCCCAGCCUGGACAGCUCGCCUACAAAUGCAAGCACGCCCUACCAGACGCCAGGAUAUGUGCGGCUGGUCUCGGAGUGUAAUGACAGCAUUGAGAGCGUCCAGAGAGCCAAGCGGCUGAUGAGUGACGAUGAACUGCUGAGAGAACCGGGACUCAAGGCAGUACACACACACGACAAGCAGCCAGGUGUGAUCGAGCGCUGGGAGCUUCAGCAGGCCCAGGGGGCGGGGCAGGGGGCAGAGUCUCUACAGCGUCUGCAGCUGCAGCUCUCUGCCAUUGGUCGAUGGCUAAGCUCCUCCCUCCCCGAGCUACACAAACUCCAGCAGCUGCAGCCCAACACCAGCUUACUACAGAUGGACACACACAUACGCAAACUCAAGGAGAUGCAGAAGACAUUCACCAGCUACAAGGCCAUGAUGAUCUCGGUGAACGUGAUUGGUCGAGAGCUGCUGGGUGGGCGGGAGCAGCUGGCGUCAGCCAGUGAUGAGCUGAAGGAGCUGCAUGAGGACCUGAAAUCCACCAAUCAGAAGUGGACUCAGGCCUGCGCUGCCCUGGACCGCUGGGAGAGCCAGCUACACAAGGCCCUGAUGCAGUGUCAGGAGUUCCAUGAGACGCUGCACUCGAUGCUACUGUGGCUGGCGCAGGUGGAGAAGAGACGAUUCAACAUCAACAUCCACGACCAGACGCUACACAAGGGGGCGCUACAGACACACCACAACACACUCAAGUGUCUGGAGGCGGAGCUCCAGCGUCGUGAGCAGGAAGUGAAGCCUCUGGUAGCUCUGUGUUCUGAGCUCCUAUUGGGCAGCGAGGGUUCCGAGGGGGCGGACACUACGGAGGCCAGAGAGAAGGUUCACGUAGUAACGAACAAGCUCCGCCUCCUGCGCCGGCAGGUGGCCCAUGACCUGCACGUGCUCAGUUCGCGUCUGGAGUCCUGUACGGUGGGCAGCAGUGUGGAUCCCAGUGAGGAGGAGCAGAUGGCCUCCAGCAAGGCUUCUGCUGGGGAAACUGAGGUCGGAAGAGGACCUUCUUCAGGCAAGAGGUGUGAGCGCUCCUUCCUCCUGCGGGUGUGGCGAGCUGCGUUCCCUCUCCAGCUCCUCUUCCUGCUGCUGCUGGUCCUCACCUGUCUGGUGCCCUCCACUCAGGACGACUACAGCUGUGCCCUCACCAACAACUUUGCACGCUCCUUCUACCCCAUGCUGCGCUACACCAACGGACCCCCACCCACCUGAUACACACACACACACACACACACACACACACACACACACACACACACACACACACACACACACACACACACACACACACACACACACACACACACACACACACACACACACACACACACACACACACACACACACACACACACACACACACACACAGUGGGGUCACACCGUUCUGGAGGGUCAAAGUUCACACUGGUCUGGGUUGUCAUGGGUUACACACCUCUGUAGGGGUUGUGUGAAUUUGUGUGUUUUUGCAUAUUUUUAACUUGUACAAAGCGAUUGUGUUUUUAUUUUGUGUUUUGCAGAAGAAAAGAAAAGCCUUUUUGAUGCGUGAAAAGAAUAACUUAUUUUGUAAGCUGAAUAUUUCAGAUUUAUGUAAUUUUAUUUGUAAGUUAAAAGAUACCACUAGAUACAACGCAAUGGGAGGGGGGGAUACCAUGGGCAGGGUACCAUGAGAGGGGGUGUAGAUGUCUACUGAUGAUCUCAGAUCAAGUCCACAUUAAUGAGGAUACAUGUGGAAGUUAGGGCUGUAACGAUAUUGUACCAAUGUAUCAAGCCGAUAAAUUCUGAUAUGCAACGUCAUAAUACUGUAUCGCUUUGCAAGAAGACAGGAUCGUGAUACACUCUGUCAAAAUUCUGUUACCCUUCAUCCAAACUUCAAAUGUGAAAAAAGCAAAUAAAAUAAUUUUUAAAUGAGAAAUUUUAAAAAUAAUAUUUAUAACCAUGGAAACGUAUAUUUAUACUGAUUCAUGUGGACAUGGUCUCAGACUAGAUUUUUGUUUUCGUUUUUUUGUCUGUACAUACGUAUAUACUGCAUCUUCUACUGAGGGCUUUUGACUUCUAAUGGUUUAUAGACAAUGAACACCUGCCAUGUUUAACACCGUUUUAGCAAUCAGCUACACACACACACACACACACACACACACACACAGACACAGACACAGACACACACACACACACACACACACACACACACACACACACACAGACACACACACACACACACACACACACACACACACACACACACACACACACACACACACACACACACACACACACACACCCUGCGGAUAUGACCAGGUAUUGGAAUGUAAUGUAUUGAGGCUAUGGUGUUCCAUAUAUUUCAUCCUGUUUGUUUUUAAAGUGUACAUUCUGCUGUAUCUAUUUGAUCAUGUUUGUUUUUAAAAGUGUACAUUUGAAAAGAACAGUUAUGUUUAGAGACUAAGUUAUUAUGUUUUAAUGAAUUAUGCUAGAUUGAACUGCCAAGCUUUAUGAUCACGUGUGUGUGUGUGCGUGCGCGCGCACGUGUGUGUGUGUGUGUCUCAAAUGUUUGGUUAGCUAAGCUGUGCAGCUGCAUUACACACACACACACACACACACACACACACACACACACACACACACACACACACACACACACACACACACACACACACACACAGGCACACCAAGUGGUCUACACUUCUACAUCUAGUCAUGAAUGUACGUGUCAAAAUCCCUGAAUGUUAAACAACAGAUAGAAAAAGACAUAUGCGCGUGCGCGCACACACAUACACACGCACGGCACGCACACACACACACACACACACACACACACACACACACACUCACACACUGUUUCUUGUGUGAAACAGCAAGCGUGUGUAGUAGAGUGUGUUGUUAGGUCUUGUGAGUCAUUUUGUGAGACAUCAGAGCUCAGUUUGAUUUGAAUAAAUAAACGUUU